AAUUGAGCAGGAAACAGAAGAUUUUCUUGAUCUUCCGUAUUGGGAUGACGUCUUGGUCAGUGAUCUCCUGAAGGAAGAGUACGAGAUAUACAAUGGAGAGCUGUCAGAUGACGAAAAGUGAGAUGCUAAAAUUUAUAAUCUUUCUUUCUCGUUUGAUUGCUUUUAUUUCACAAAUUUCACAGGAUAAUUGUCGGAAGUGAGGAAAAGCAGAGUGAGGAAAGGCAAACUAAGGACACUUCCCUCAAAUGUGGAAUUUGUGGAAGGUAUUUUGAAUACAAGUCCUUUUUGAAGAAUCACAUGGUUAGCCACUCCACUGAGAAAAAAUUUGAGUGUGCUGUUUGCUCAAAGAAGUACAAGAGCAAGUUAUUGAUUUUGAGCCAUCUGAAAACACAUUUUAAAAAGCCUCGUUCGUGUCCACACUGCAAGAAGAAAUUCGAGAAUGCACUGGAACUGCAAAAGCACAUCCGGAAGGAGAUUUGCUGGCAAAAUGUUGCAUAUUUAUGCAAAUGCGGAAUGUUUUGCCAGAGUCGUUACAUUCCUCACAAGCAUUUGGAAAGUCACAAGACGUAUCAAUGCAACAGUUGCGAUCGCAAAUUUUCGUACGAGCAUUCACUGAUUCGUCAUAUGAAUCUGCUAAGAACGGAAAAGGCAUUUGUUUGCGAGAUUUGCCAAAAAAAAUUCUGUAGGAAGUCGGAUUUGAAUGUCCAUAAAGUCUCCACGCCGACUUGUUCGAUCACCAAAUGUCCUUAUUGCGCCAAAAUCUUCGAAAAGCAGUACCUUUUCACCAAGCACAUGAAUAAUCAGCACAGUGGUCUUCCCAAACAGCCAAACAAAUCUCUGUCGUGCCAGAUCUGCAAGGAAGUCUUCGUGAAUAUUGCAGAUCUAAUGGAUCAUGUGAAGAUACAUAAACUUGAGGACAAGCGUGUGAUUUGCACGAUUUGCGAGAGUAUCUUCAAAUCAAAAACCAAUCUCGAGAAGCACUAUAAGACAUUCCACAAGGAGUCGAGGCUCUAAAUCAUAGUGUUGGGCAAAAAGGAUUCUGAAUUAUCAAACAAACUAAGACAAACUGGAUAUUUUGAAAAGCAUGAAUUCAACUUUAAUAAA